AUGCCUGAUAGCGAUGGGGCGACAUUGAUUGCCUGGGCGAUUGGAGGUGGCUCUAAGGAAAUAGUGCGGUUUUUACUUCUUCACAACGUCAAAACAAAUUAUGUCUAUCAGGUAAGUAUUGCAAGAGAUUUUACCUUGGAAAAUGGUCUAGAGAGCCUGCUCGGAGAAGUCGGUGACCUGAUUAGUCACAUGCUAGAGAUGACCCCAUUAUCCUUAGCUGCAAGCAAGGGAGAUCAGUCUAUAAUCAAGCUGCUACUCGCAAACGGGACUGACCGGCAUUUUGGAGAUACAAUCGGUUGCACCGCUGUUUUCUGGGCUGCUAAACGCGGCCAUAGCUCAUCACUUAAGCUAUUGGCUACCGACAGCACAGAUUGCAAAAAGCAGCUGCAAAUUGCAAUUAUAAGAGGCGAAGAGCUGGCGGUAGCAAACCUGGUUGAAUCGGGCAUCGUCGAUCUCAACAUGCCAGGCCCUACGGGGGUAACGCCGCUUGGUGUAGCUGCUUACGGAGACAAUGAAACUAUAAUGGACUCACUCCUUCGACUGAGCGUAAUUCAGCCAGAUCUGAAAGACCAUUUUGGAAUGACACCACUGGCAACUUCAGCGUUGUUUGGCAAACACAAAAUGAUCCGCCAGCUUCUCAAUUCGGGGAGAGUGAACGUGAAUUCGAUCAAUGAUUUUGACCUUCCACCCGUUGCUCUGGCAGUGGCCCUCGGUCACCAGACUGCUGCAAGGACCAUCCUUGAGUUUAAGCAGGUCGAUAUGCGUCAGAAGGAUAGCUUGGGCAGAACCAUCACGGCCUUAGCUGCCGUCGGCGGUAAUAAAGCAAUAUUCGACAUGCUGUCUCAAUAUGGCCAGCCUUAUACUGUUGAGGACAAACUUGGAAGGACGCCCCUCUUCUAUGCAAUAAAAGGGGGUAACCAUAGAAUUGUCCAGUCCAUCCUCUCUCACUCUAGAGUCUCUGUUGAAGUGAAAGAUGCCUUUGGUGCACUACCUCUCUCCAUGGCAGCCCGGUUUGGGGAUACUGCAUCCGCAGCACUACUUCUAAGAGAAAAUGCGGCGGCUCAGCUGCGCAGCAGAGACAUGUUUGGACGAAGCCCACUUGCAUGGUGUGCGAUUGAGGGUCAUACUUCUACUAGAGACUUUCUGCUUCAGAAGUGUAGGGAACUUGGUAUCCGCACUGGUGAUGAGACUUUGCCUCCUGCGAAUCGGCGGAUGAGGCGCUUCAAAUGGUAUCAUAACUAUUGUGAUAUAUGCUUUCUCUACCUAGGACACCGAGAGCCUUACUAUACCUGUGGCAAGUGCUUCAAUGGGUUAUUUUCUAUUUGCUGUGAGUGUCGUACCCGGUUGCGUCCACAGCCAGGAUGUUUGCAGGAUUUUCACAGAAUUGUCCUUCGCAGCCCAUCAAAUGAUUGA